AAAAAAUAAACUACUACGUACGUAGGAGUACACUGUCCGUUACAAUAUCCAAAGAAAAUACAAAUGAAACAUGCAACAUGUCACAAAAUCGCAGAAAUUUUCAACUCAUCAAAUUGGUCUCGUUCAAUAAGCAACAACAUUACUCAGGAAACAUCAUUCAGAACUGCUCUUGUUUUGUACAAACAAUCUCGGCACCAAGGAACACACGACCCUGCCGUGAUCCCUAAGUUACUCAAAGCAUGUGAUUCUCUUCCCUUCCUUCAUUACGUUAAAGGUCUACAUGCAGAGUCCAUCAAAGCAGGUUCAAACAUCGACGUAUUCAUUGGAACUGCAAUUGUUGCAGCUUAUGCAAAAUGCUGCGUUGUUUUGGAUGCACGCAAGCUGUUUGAUGUUAUGCCUGAAAGAAAUGUUGUGACUUGGAAUGCAAUGAUUGGUGGGUAUUUGAGAAAUGGUGACACUGAUUCUGCUUUGAUUGCUUUUGAGGAAAUUCCAGGGAAAACUAGGGUGAGUUGGAGUCAGAUGAUUGGUGGGCUUGCUAGAAAUGGUGACACUGUAACUGCUAGGAGGUUGUUUGAUAAGGUUCCAUGUGAGUUGAAGGAUGUGGUGAUAUGGACUGUGAUGGUUGAUGGGUAUGCUAAGAAAGGGGAAAUGGAAGCUGCAAGAGAGGUUUUUGAGUUAAUGCCGGAAAGGAAUUGUUUUGUUUGGUCAUCUAUGGUUUGUGGGUAUUGCAAGAAGGGUAGUGUCUUGGAGGCUGAGGCUAUUUUUCGACGGAUUCCGGUUCGGAAUUUGGAGAUUUGGAAUUCAAUCAUUGCUGGUUAUGUGCAAAAUGGAUUUGGUGAGAAAGCAUUGCAGGCUUUUGAGGAAAUGAGAGUUGAAGGGUUUGAGCCAGACGAGUUCACUGUUGUUAGUGUUUUAUCUGCUUGUGCUCAGCUUGGAGACCUGCAUAUUGCCAAACAAAUCCACAAUAUGAUAGAAUAUAAAGGAUUGGUUGUGAACCAGUUUGUUUUAAGUGGAUUGGUUGACAUGUAUUCGAAAUGUGGGGACUUGGUUAAUGCAAGGUUGGUAUUUGAAAAUUGCAAUGGGAGGAAUGUUUUCUGCUGGAAUGCUAUGAUUUCGGGUUUUGCUAUCAAUGGAAAAUGCAAGGAGGUCCUUGAGUAUUUGAGAAGGAUGGAGAAGUCAAACAUAAGACCUGAUGCUGUCACAUUUAUUUCUGUACUCUCAGCUUGUGCUCAUGGAGGUUUGGUGAGUGAAGCUUUGGAAGUAAUAUCUAAAAUGGAGGCAUAUGGAAUUGAAAUAGGCAUCAGGCACUAUGGAUGCAUGGUUGACCUCUUGGGGAGAGCAGGGAGGUUAAAGGAGGCAUAUGAGUUAAUAAAAAGAAUGCCAGUGAAACCUAAUGAAACAGUUUUGGGGUCAAUGAUUGGUGCUUGCUGGAUUCAUUCAGAUAUGAAAAUGGCAGAACAAGUUAUUAAGAUGAUUGGUGCAUACUCUGCUACAUGUGAUAAUUCCCACAAUGUGCUUCUGUCAAAUAUCUACGCAGCUUCAGAAAAAUGGGAGAAUGCUGAAAUGGUAAGGAGGAACAUGGUUAAUGAAGGGUCUGAAAAGAUAACAGGGUGUAGUUCAAUCAUCCUAGGUAACUCUGAUGUUGAUUUAAGUAUAAGUAAAGAAGUUUCACGUCAAAUGAACAGGCAAAAGGCUGAUGAAGGGUUAUAUGCAGAUGCAGCCUGCAGUGGCGUGGUCUGGAAGAGCCGUUUUAUUGGCGCAGGCGGUUCUGUUAUGGUGCAUUCUGUUUGGUCUGCAAAAACUUCCGAUGGCUUCAAAUUGUGUUGCUGCAUGUAUUCGGGUUUUGUGGAUGGAAGCCGAGUUGUUGCAGCUUUACUAGUAGUGAUUUACACUAAUAUAGCUUGGGAGGCUUCAAGGAGUUAAAGCUUAAAUCUUAGUAGUUAUGGUGUAGGAGGUGGCUGUCAGAUAAAUCAAAGAAUCUUCUAGUUUUGGUAUCAAAGUGUUGCCCAGUCUGCAUAAUUAUGCAGUUGGGAAUGCUAUUUUUUAAAAUCCCUGUGGUGAU